AUGGCGCAAUUCUCCGACAUUGAUAAACUUGCUGUUUCCACUUUAAGGUUGCUCUCAGUGGACCAGGUGGAAAGUGCACAAUCUGGCCACCCAGGCGCUCCUCUAGGUUUGGCGCCUGUGGCCCAUGUAAUCUUCAAACAACUUCGUUGUAACCCCGAUGAUGAGCACUGGAUUAACAGAGACAGGUUCGUUCUGUCGAACGGUCAUUCGUGUGCUCUUCUGUACUCUAUGCUUCAUCUUUUAGGGUACGACUACACCAUCGAAGACUUGAGGCAAUUUAGACAGGUAAACUCUAGGACUCCAGGCCAUCCGGAAUUUCACUCAGCUGGAGUGGAAAUAACUUCUGGUCCAUUGGGCCAAGGUAUCUCCAAUGCUGUCGGUAUGGCCAUCGCACAGGCCAACUUUGCCGCCACUUAUAACGAGGAGGGUUUCCCCAUCUCUGAUUCGUAUACGUUUGCUAUUGUAGGGGACGGCUGCUUGCAGGAGGGUGUGGCUUCGGAGACCUCUUCUUUGGCUGGACAUUUACAAUUGGGUAACUUGAUAACGUUUUACGACAGCAACAGUAUUUCUAUUGACGGUAAGACGUCGUAUUCGUUUGAUGAGGAUGUUUUGAAGAGAUACGAGGCGUAUGGUUGGGAGGUUAUGGAAGUCGACAAGGGCGAUGACGAUAUGGAAUCCAUUUCUAGCGCCCUGGAAAAGGCAAAGCUAUCGAAGGACAAGCCUACUAUAAUCAAAGUCACCACUACCAUUGGGUUUGGAUCCUUACAGCAAGGGACCGCUGGUGUCCAUGGGUCUGCCUUGAAGGCAGACGAUGUCAAACAAUUGAAGAAGAGAUGGGGGUUCGAUCCGAAUAAAUCGUUUGUGGUGCCACAGGAGGUGUAUGAUUACUACAAGAAGACCAUUGUAGAACCUGGUCAACAGCUUAACGCAGAAUGGAAUAGAAUGUACGAAGAGUAUAAAAUCAAAUUUCCCGAGAAAGGUAAAGAAUUGCAAAGAAGGCUGAAGGGCGAACUACCGGAAGGUUGGGAAAAGCACUUGCCAAUGUUUAAUCCUGAUGACGAUGCUGUGGCUACAAGGAAAACAUCUCAACAGGUCUUGACAAACAUGGUUCAAGUUUUGCCCGAACUGAUUGGUGGCUCUGCGGAUUUGACACCUUCGAAUCUGACAAGAUGGGAAGGUGCAGUAGACUUCCAACCCCCAAUUACUCAACUAGGCAACUAUGCAGGGAGGUACAUCAGAUAUGGUGUGAGGGAGCACGGCAUGGGUGCCAUCAUGAACGGUAUAUCCGCCUUUGGCGCUAAUUAUAAGCCCUACGGUGGCACUUUUCUGAACUUUGUCUCUUAUGCGGCCGGUGCCGUUAGAUUAGCCGCCUUGUCUGGUAAUCCGGUCAUUUGGGUCGCAACACAUGACUCUAUUGGGCUGGGUGAAGAUGGUCCUACCCACCAACCCAUCGAAACUCUGGCUCACUUGAGGGCCAUUCCAAACAUGCACGUAUGGAGACCUGCCGAUGGCAACGAGACUUCCGCUGCGUAUUACUCCGCCAUAAAAUCCGGGCGUACUCCAUCUGUCGUGGCCUUAUCAAGACAGAACCUUCCUCAGUUGGAACAUUCGUCUUUUGAAAAAGCAUUGAAGGGUGGUUAUGUGAUCCAUGAUAUCGAAAAUCCUGAUAUCAUUCUGGCGUCAACUGGUUCAGAGGUCUCCAUUUCCAUAGAUGCGGCCAAGAAACUAUACGAAACUAAAAAGAUCAAGGCGAGGGUCGUUUCCAUGCCUGAUUUUUAUACUUUUGACAAACAAACUGAAGAAUACAGAUUCUCCGUUUUGCCAGAUGGUGUUCCAAUCAUGUCCUUUGAAGUGUUGGCCACUUCAAGUUGGGGUAGGUAUGCUCACCAGUCCUUUGGUCUCAAUGAAUUUGGCCGUUCGGGCAAAGGAUCUGAUAUCUAUAAACUGUUCGAUUUCACAGCAGAUGGUGUUGCAGCCAGAGCUGAGAAGACUAUCAAUUACUAUAAGGGAAAACAACUGCUUUCGCCUAUAGGGGAAGCCUUUUAA